CUUAAAUAACGCCUGCUCUUACUCCUCAACCCAAUCUUUUUCCUACCAAAACACUCUCAUACCACACCUCUGCGAUCGACUUCAUACACUUUCUCUGCAUCCGAAAUUCCAUCCCAUACACAAACAACAUCUCCAAACUUCAUACACCACACCCAUCACAUCGUCAAGAUGCAAAUCUUCGUCAAGACCCGUAAGUUCUGACCCUUCCUCUCCGACCGGUGGCGACAAGAGCCAUCGACCAUCAUAUCUAAGCAUCGGCAUCAAGCAUCUGCUAACAUCUCCAUCUCCUCAGUAACUGGUAAGACUAUUACUCUCGAAGUAGAGUCUUCUGAUACCAUCGACAACGUCAAGUCCAAGAUCCAGGACAAGGAGGGCAUUCCCCCAGACCAACAGCGCUUGAUUUUCGCCGGCAAGCAGCUCGAGGACGGUCGUACCCUUUCCGAUUACAACAUCCAGAAGGAGUCUACUCUCCACUUGGUCCUCCGUCUUCGUGGUGGUAUGCAAAUCUGUAAGUAACUCGCCUUCACCGCUCAUAUCCCUUCACCUGCUAACGCAUUUCCGCAGUCGUCAAGACUUUGACUGGCAAGACCAUUACUCUCGAGGUUGAAUCAUCCGACACCAUUGACAACGUUAAGUCGAAGAUUCAGGAUAAGGAGGGUAUCCCACCGGACCAACAACGUCUUAUCUUCGCUGGUAAGCAACUUGAGGACGGACGCACUCUCUCGGACUACAACAUCCAGAAGGAAUCUACACUCCACUUGGUUCUCAGACUCCGUGGUGGUAUGCAGAUCUUCGUUAAGACCUUGACUGGAAAGACAAUCACUCUGGAAGUUGAAUCCUCUGAUACUAUCGAUAAUGUGAAGUCCAAGAUCCAAGACAAGGAGGGUAUCCCACCUGAUCAGCAGCGACUCAUUUUUGCAGGCAAGCAACUUGAGGAUGGCCGAACCUUGUCUGACUACAACAUCCAAAAGGAGUCCACUCUUCAUUUGGUUCUUCGUCUUCGCGGUGGUAUGCAGAUCUUUGUCAAGACUUUGACAGGCAAGACAAUUACGUUAGAGGUUGAGUCUUCGGACACAAUUGAUAAUGUCAAGUCCAAGAUCCAGGAUAAGGAGGGUAUUCCACCAGACCAACAGCGAUUAAUUUUCGCUGGUAAGCAAUUGGAGGAUGGUCGUACCCUUAGUGACUACAACAUCCAAAAGGAGAGCACCCUGCACUUGGUGCUUCGUCUACGUGGAGGACAAUGAUAAUGUACAUAGUUUUCGACUCGGGUGUUUCUGCAUUGGCGUUGGUGAUCUUAUGAGAUCUGGAGUUUGCGGGAUAUGGGCAUAGGCAA